GUCAUGGCGGACUGCCUUGGAUGAGAUUAUAGAAAAGAAAACACUAAUCAACAGUUUCCCGUACUUUUAUCUGUCAACCGCUGUGCAGGAUCUUGAGCUGCUAAGGUCAAUAUACUAAACUGGUUUCAUUUUAUUUGACUUGUGUUUUGUGGACUAGAGAUAAGUUCCUUAUUGUACUAUGCAGACGAUAAAGUGUGUGGUGGUAGGAGAUGGUGCUGUGGGUAAAACAUGUCUGCUAAUAUCAUAUACUACAAAUAAAUUUCCUUCUGAAUAUGUUCCAACUGUGUUUGAUAAUUAUGCUGUGACUGUAAUGAUUGGUGGUGAACCAUACACGUUAGGUCUCUUUGAUACUGCAGGACAAGAAGACUACGAUAGAUUGAGACCAUUAAGUUAUCCACAAACAGAUGUCUUCCUCGUGUGUUUCUCAGUUGUCUCACCAUCAUCAUUUGAAAAUGUUAAAGAAAAAUGGGUUCCCGAAAUAACACAUCACUGUCCGAAGACUCCAUUCCUACUUGUGGGUACUCAAGUUGAUUUACGUGAUGAUGCAAACACUGUAGAGAAACUACAAAAGAACAAACAGAAACCAACCACAGUGGAACAGGCAGAGAAAUCGGCCAAGGAACUCAAAGCAGUAAAAUAUGUAGAAUGUUCAGCUCUUACACAGAAAGGAUUGAAGAAUGUAUUUGAUGAAGCUAUUUUAGCUGCAUUGGAACCACCAGAACAGCCAAAGAAGAAGAAAUGUGUUCUCUUGUAGAUGUAAAAAUAGUUUACAGAGCAGUAACCAGAAAUUGAUCACACCCCUGGCUUUACUUACCCAUAUAAAGGACUUCAAAGUUUUAAAACAGGGUUGUUGUUGUUGAGAAAACAAAAGCCUACAACAGCUAACACAACAGUCUACAAUUAAAUGCCUGGUUCAUUUUUUAUUCUGCUAUCUACAUAUUUGUGGAAAUACUGUGAAAGCAUUUGGUUUCAUCAGGAAUUAAACUCCCUGAUAAGUUUAUUUCUGCUUAAGUUUAGUAAGUAAGACUACAAGUUCAAUGUGGUCUUCCGUGCACACAAGAUUUAAUGUUUUCACAGUACAAUGAAUCUCGCCUCUUGUAUCAUUAAUGACACUUAAUUGAGAUGCUCUGACCAGGCUUUUAAAUGUUCUCUUCUGUUAGGUUGAUUAGGUCAGACUCUGCUGAACACUCGCAUACACAGCUUAGAAUUACAAGUUGUAGUUACAUUGUCUCUUAAAUCAUGAUUGUAAAAACUGUACUGUGCAUGCUGUGUCUAAUGAUGAAUGCAGUUUGUGUGUAGAAUACAUACCCACACGAAAACAAUUCAGGCUUGAUUUGCAAAAUGAUUUCCAGAAUGUUAAUAAAAGAGAAACAUUAAAGUUAUUUGUCAACUGGCAUUUUUGUAGGCCAAUUGUAUGUACUUUUUUUAGCUGGUGCCAUUUUGACAAUUGCCUUUUCUGUUUUAUGUCUUGAAAUUAACCAGAGCAGUUUCUCUCAAAUAGUAAUGUUAUAACAUUUUAAAUUGAUUGCGUGAUAUUAAGUAUGCAACCUUGGCUUUGUAAACUCACCAUUGAUACUGUUGAUUUAUCUGGCUUUUCAAGGCUGUAAUACAGGGAGUCAUUAUUCAUAUUUAUUCACAAUGACUUAAACAAUGUUAGCAAUGAGUUGCCAUGGUUACACAAGGGCAGGUACCACAAUAUUGUAUCGGUUACUGAAAUUGAGCUAUAACAACUUUACCUAUUCCUCAUUUGCAUGUUUUGAAUAGAGUUGCUCGUGCUUUUUGAACAAAAGUGAGAUUGCAAUGAAGAUAUUUGGAUGUUUUGCGCCAAAGUGUCAAAGAAUAGAAAAGAGUGUCGAAAUAAAAUAAAAUGUACAUGGGAGUAAAAUGACGAUUUAUCAAAUUUUAAGUUUGUAGAUUUAAUUAAGCCACUUCAUAGUUUUGUAAUAGUAUGUGGACUGUCACUAAAAGAAGCAGUCUUCUAGAUGUAUGGUAGUGUGGUCAUUUUUCUUUAGCUGUCACAAAUGUCUGGGCUGUGCACCAUUAAUGUGCAGACUAGAUGUGAUUUUUUUGUUAAAUAAAGUCAACUCGCCGCCAUACUGACUGGCAGUUAUUCAUGUAUUGAUUGCAAAGGACACAAGUUAGCAAAACUGGAACAGUUUGUAUGGAGUGGAUUUCCACUCAAUGACCAGAGAGUAAAAUUGCUGAAAUAAAGUGCAAGAUUAUGUCAAAAAGUUGAGAACCAACCGCUCAUGCACUUGGGCAAGAGGGACUGUUUUGCAUUGUUUGUAACUUGAGACGUUGAUGGAUGACACUAAUGGAGAUCUGGGGGAAAAAAAUAUUGAGUAAACAUGCGACUCUUACAUGAAUCUGUGGUCAUUUUUGGCUGAAGAUGGGAAUCCAGUUUUGCUCUGUUGAGUUGACACCAUGAAAUCGUUUUGUGUUCUUCACCAUUGCUGUUCGCAAUCUUCCAAUUGAUAUAAAAAUAGCAUUUGUUCAAAUAGAUUAGAUUUUUUAAAGAAACCUUUUUGGGAGGAUGUCGUGUUUUUGCUAUUAUAAGUUGAUCUUACAGUGAUGUACUUUGUGUAAAUAGCGGUUUGCUGCCUUACUAGUAAAAGGACUGAUGGUUGUGCCUUUCUCUUGUACUUUAGUGUUUCCAUCUUGCUUGCAUCAGAAACAAAUGUCUUAUUUAUCCCGAUAUAUAGAUUGGCUUGUGUAGAAUCGUGACUUGGAAAUUUUAUUGACAAGUCUACAAGAUGGCAUCACAGGCAAGAGUAUAUUAGGGAGUGCUUACCUAGAGCCAUUUAAUUGCGGUUAAUGCACAUCUUUUUUUUUGUAUCUUUAACAUUGUAUAAAGUAAAGCUAUCAUUUCAAAACAA